AUGAGGUGCGUGUUUUAUUCCACGGACUUCUACGCCAACGAGAUCGUUCAAGUCAAGAACCCAAGUCUUCGUAACGGCCGUUUCAUCCUGGGGCAUAUGCUAGCAGGCGAGAUAAACAAUCAUGCCGGCAACCUUGAAGCAGGAAUUAUGGGAUACGAGGAGCAAAUGCGUCCUGUGAUCGCGAAGCUGCAAAAGGCGCCGCCACUGAUCCGUACAAUUCUUGCACCGCAGACAGCAUGGGGGCUGUGGGUGCGGAACCGAAUUUUUGCUUUCGUUGCGUGGAGUAGAAUAUUGAAGUUUACGCAGAAGUACUUUGCGAGUGCCUUCGCUAGUUCGGAUAAGUUUGGGCUUCCCGAGUAUGAGUGGGUGACGUGA